AUGCGAGGCAGGUGGCUCAGAGUCAUAGACCUGAACAUGGUGGACGCAGGUAGAACCAGAGUCAUAGACCUGAACAUGGUGGAUCAGAGUGGCUCACAGGGAAUGCUGACUCAGACUCUACCUCAGGCUCUGACUGAGGCUCUGACUCAGGCUCUACCUCAGGCUCUGACUCAGGCUCUACCUCAGGCUCCACCUCAGGCUCUACCUCAGGCUCUACCUCAGGCUCUGACUCAGGCUCUACCUCAGGCUCUGACUGAGGCUCUGACUCAGGCUCUACCUCAGGCUCUACCUCAGGCUCUGACUCAGGCUCUGACUCAGGCUCUACCUCAGGCUCUGACUCAGGCUCUACCUCAGGACGUCCACAUAGUGAGUACGGAUGAGAGCCAGGUGUUCCUGGCCCUGCAGGAGUGGUACCAGACAGACAGCUACAACCUGUACCAGUCGGACCCGCAGGGCGUCUACUACUCCAUCGUGCUGGAGAACGUCCGCAGCGCCAAGCAGCCGGAGGAGAGCGUCCUUAUAGACAUACUGGAGGUGCGCGGGAUCAAGGGGGUCUUCCUGGCCAAUCAGAAGGUGGAUGGCAAAGUGCGGACUCUCAUCACCUAUAACAAAGGCCGAGACUGGGAACCGCUAGCCCCGCCUACUACUGACAUGAACGGCAAACCGGUCAACUGCAAAUCACCUGACUGUCACCUCCACCUCCACCUGCGCUGGGCUGACAACCCCUACGUAUCAGGGACCGUCCACACCAAAGACUCCGCCCCCGGACUCAUCAUGGGCGCAGGUAACUUGGGUUCCCAGCUGGUGGAGUAUAAAGAAGAGAUGUACAUCACCUCUGACUGUGGGAAGACCUGGAGGCAGGUGUUUGAGGAGGAGCAUCACAUCCUGUACCUGGACCAUGGAGGGGUCAUCGUUGCCAUCAAAGACACCUCCAUCCCUCUCAAAAUACUCAAGUUCAGUAUUGAUGAGGGACGCACCUGGACCAUCCACACCUUCACAAGCACCUCAGUGUUCGUGGACGGACUUUUGAGCGAGCCGGGAGAUGAGACGUUGGUCAUGACGGUGUUCGGUCACAUCAGCUAUCGGUCAGACUGGGAGCUGGUCAAGGUGGACUUCAGACAGUCAUUCCCCAGACAGUGUACAGAGGGAGACUACGACUCCUGGAAACUCACAGAUCUGCAGGGAGAGAAGUGCAUCAUGGGUCAGGAGAGGAGUUUCAGGAAGAGGAAGGACACUGCGUUCUGUAUCAAGGGGAGGAGCUACACCUCCGCCCUGACUACCAAGCCCUGCCAGUGCUCCGAGAAAGACUUCAACUGUGACUAUGGAUUUGAACGUGCCCAGAGCCUCAAAACAGAGGGAGAUAGAUGCUUCGCUGGCUUCUGGCACGACCCAGACUCACCGCCUGACGACUGUCACCAGGGACACAACUUUGAGUCCAGUACUGGGUACAGGAAGGUUGUGUCCAACUUGUGUGAGGGGGGAGUGAACAAGCAGCAGAGCGCCAAGCAGCACACCUGUCCUCUGCUGCCGCCCAGAGGCCUCCAGCUAGGCAUCAAAGGACAGAUGCUGGCUGUGGCGCCUGGUGAUGACAUCACCUUCAUCGUCCACCAGGAGCAGGGUGACACCAGCAGCACUAGGUACCAGAUGGAUCUGGGGGACGGGAUGAGGGCCAUCUACCAGAACCUGACGGUGACAGACGAACCCAUCCAGCACCGCUACAAACAGCAGGGAGUCUACCGUGUCACCGUCAAGGCCGAGAACGUUGCCGGACACGACCAGGCCACCAUAUAUAUCCAGGUCACAGCCCCUCUACAGGAAGUUCACCUAGAAGUAGUUCCCAUCGCCGGGAUUAACCAGGAAGUCAACCUGACAGCUGUGGUGCUUCCCUUUGAGGCCAACCUGACUGUCUUCUACUGGUGGAUAGGAGACAGCCUGCAGCCCAAGAUGUCCCUGGGGAACAGUCUGAUAACGAGGUUCCCUGAGGAAGGAGAGGUGUCUGUCACCGUCCAGGCCUCUAAUGGACGCUCCAUGGUGCAGGACACCAAGAACGUUCACGUCUACGACCGUUUCCAGGUAAUCCCCCUGGCCUUCAGCAGUAACCUGGACCGCCUCAACCCGAACAUUCCAGAGUGGAGGGAGGACGUGGGUCAGGUGGUCACCAAGAUAUUGGCAAAGAUCACAGGUAUCCCCCAGGAGUCCCUGGUAACCAUGGUGAAGCGGGGCCUGCCCACCACAGCUGACCUGUACGUUCUCCCACCAGAGAGCCAGCGUGCUAAGAGGAGCGUGUUUGUGGAUAAGCGUAUCCCUGCCAUCAAGCAGGCCUUCAGCGACAACAACGUUAGCUUCAUCGUACGAGGAGGUCUACAGGUGUUGGUGACGCUAGCUGACCCUAACGCAGGUUCUCAGGGUGGAGUGGCAGGUCCUGGAGUCUGGGCUCUGGCUGUCAUCUUCCUCAUCAGCCUCCUCGCUACCGGAUCCUUCAUCCUCUACAAGUUCAAGAGAAAGCUGCCCGGCCGGAACGUGUACGCCCAGAUGCACAACGAGAAGGAGCAGGAGAUGACCAGCCCUGUCAAUCACAGUGAGGACACGCAGCACAUCAUCCAAGGUAACCACUCGGGCGUGGUACUGAGCAUCAACUCCAGAGAGCUGCACAGCUACCUGACCAGCUGAUGGCUGAACACGGACACGCUAACCAGCUAGCCAUGCUAACGAGCAUAGGGAACUCUACUCUGCCUUCCUCCUCUGUCUCUCUGUCUGACCAACCAAUCCACCGCUCCCCGUACAGAGGAAGAGAGAAAGCACCACAGUACUACAGUCUAGCAUUAGUCCCUCUCUCUCCUCUCCUCUCUGAUUCCUCUCCCCCUCUCCACGGCCCCUUGCUCCCUCGUUUCCGUCUCUCGCUCAGAGGGACACUUAUCCUCCGUUCUGCUCGUCCCUCUAUCCCGUCCUCCACUGUGUUACUGUAACAUCGGGGAUGUGGGCCAACUCUGCUUUUUACCCAGUGUCCUUUGCACCCAGUGUCCUUUGCACCCAGUGUCCUUUGCACCAGUGUCCUUUGCACCCAGUGUCCUUGUGUCCUUGUACCCAGUGUCAUGACUGCUCUGUGUGUUCUCAUUGGCUAAACCCCUCAGAGACUGAUUGGACGCCACCCAGUGAGAAAAGAGAAACCGGUGACAUCACAGAGAACCCCCCGCCUACUGGCCUGCUAUUUAGAACGCUCGGGACUGUAAGACUCGUCUUUCACUGACUCUCACCAGGUAGUUUCCAGA